AUUCAUGUUAAAGGGCAGCUGGCAUGCUCCUGCAACACAGCAAAGCAAGAGAGAGAGCAAAGAUCAUAAGCAGUUGAUAGCAAAGCGUGGGACGACACACUGAGUUUUGAGCUUUUCCAUAUCAGAUAUGUUAUAUUUUAACUAUAAGGGGAUCUUGUUCCCCACCAUAUCAUCUUCUGUGAAAACACUGAAUUAUUUGGAAAAUGAAUUCCAGAUUUUGGAUGAUGAUAUCGUGACUGUCACCUAUCCAAAGUCAGGUACCAACUGGAUGUUGGAGAUCUUGGGGUUAGUUCAACAUGACGGGGACCCAUCAUGGGUACGCAGUCUAACGCCAUGGGAUCGGUCACCAUGGAUUGAGACUGAAGAUGGCCUGAAAAAAGCUUUGACAGAUUCUCCGCCCAGAUGUCUGUCUUCUCACCUACAAUUUCAGAUUUUCCCCAAGUCCUUCCUCAAUUCCAAGGCCAAGAUUAUCUAUGUCGUGCGCAACCCCAAAGAUGUUCUGGUCUCACAUUACCACUUUUCCAAAUCUUUUAAAGGAUUCCAGGAUCCUGGGACUAUCGAAGAGUUCUUGGAGACAUUUCUGAAAGGAGAUGUGCCAUUUGGCUCUUGGUUUGACCAUGUGAGAGGCUGGAUGGAGUUGAAGGACAGACCCAACUUCUUCUUCUUCACUUAUGAAGAGCUGCUGCAUAAUCCCCGAGAUAGUGUGGAAAAGCUUGGUAAGAUCUUUGGAAAGACCCUGAACAGACAGCAGAUAGACUCUGUGGUGGAAAAUGCAUCUUUCCAGAAGAUGAAGGAUAACAAAAUGUCCAACUUCUCUCAGGUGCCAGAUGAAUAUUUUGAUCACAACACAGGAAACUUCAUGAGAAAAGGAGUCUCCGGGGACUGGAAGAAUCACCUAACAGUUGCACAAAGUGAAUACUUUGACCGAGUAUAUCAGGAGAAAAUGCAGGAUGUAAAUGUGACCUUCCAGUGGGAUUGAAGAAUCCCUGAAUGCUCCAUCUGCUGCUCUGUUUCCUAAUACUAUAGGACCAUAACCCUAUGUAUCUCAGUCUAGUGUCAUAGUUUUGCAUGCUGAAGUAGUUGUCAGCUGUGCAUUGCUGAUUUCCAGAAUUACUCUAGAGUAGUGUUUCUCAAACUAUGUUCCUCCAAGUGUUUUGGACUUCAGCUCCCAGAAAUUCCUGCCAGGCUAUCAGCUGUUAGGAAUUGUGGUAGCUGAAGUCCAAAACACUAGGAGGAGCACAAUUUGAGAAACUCUGCUCUAGAGCCACUGAAGCUUCUCUGUGGCAAUUCAAUGGGUGUUCGAGGUCUUGAGUGUCAUUGAGAUAUUGAAAAAUCUGUUUGUGUCCCUGUAGUCAGAUGUGAAAUGAUGAUAUUUGCAGACAUCAACAAGAUCUUUGGGGGUCAUCUAGAGGUCUAAGUGGAUGAUGUGAACAUUUUGCUUCAGGCAAUAGCAGCGUUUCUCAACCUAGGGGUCGGGUCAGGGGGUGUCAGAGGGGUCACCAAAGAGGGGUCAUGGGGAUUUUGUGUGAGAAGUUUGGCCCCAUUCUAUUGUUGGUGGGAUCCAGAAUGCUUUUUAAUUGUAGAUGAACUAUAAAUCCCAGCAACUACAACUCCCAAUUGUCAAGGUUUAUUUCCCCAAACUCCACCAGUGUUCACAUUUGGGCAUAUUGAGUAUUUGUGCCAAAUUUGGUCCAUAUCUAUUGUUGUCUGAGUCCACAGUGUUUUCUGGAUGUAGGUGAACUACAACUCCAAAACUCAAGGCCAAUGCCCACCAAACCCUUCCAGUAUUUUCUGUUGAUGAUGGGAGUUCUGUAUACCAAAUUUAGUUCAAUUCCAUUGUUGGUGGAGUUCAGAAUGCUCUUUGAUUGUAGGUUAAUUAUAAAUCUCAGCCACUACAAGUCCCAAAUGACAAAAUCAAUCCCCUCCCCCCAAUAUUCAAAUUUGGGAUGAUUGGGUAUUUGUGCCACAUUUGGUCCAGUAAAUGAAAAUACAUGCUGCGUAUCAGAUAUUUGCAUUACGACUCAUAACAGUAGCAAAAUUACAGUUAUGAAGUAGCAAUGAAAGUAAUUUUAUGGUUGGGGGUCACCACAACAUGAGGAACUGUACUAAGAGGUCAUUGCAUUAGGAAGGUUGAGAAACACUGAUCUAGAGGUCUAAGUGGAUUAUGUGUACAUUUUGCUUCAGGCUACAGUGAGAUUGUGAGAUGCUUCUCUGAACCCCCUUCCAGUUGCCACAGACUGUCUUGAGGUGGGACCUCCAGCAGCAAUUUGGCAAAUCCAUAUGGGAGUGACUUUGGUUACUGCAAGAGUGUGAAAAGGAAUACCAACUUUUACAUCAAUUAAAGAAAGAUUUACACAGGUGCAAGGUUGAGUUAUAUUUGCAUAUGUCACUGUAAGAUGGUUUCCAACAGUUGAGGAUAAAUGGAGUAACUAUUAAGAAGCAGAAUGGAGAGUUCUAUUUUUUUAAUGUGAAAAUAUCUGAACAGUUAUUGUGUGAUAUUGAGAAGCCGAAGGUGGAAGACAAUAGCAUAUACUCAAACCUGCAUUGAUGUGUUAUGAGUAAAUUGUAGAACAUCUGAAAGAUUAGCUUCACUUUCUUCUCAUCUGUUAAACUUCUGGCAUGGAAUGAAAAACCAUAUAAUUCAAA